CAGGUAAUUUCAUGCUCUCACAAUGGGGCAUAAAGUGGUCGUGUUUGACAUUUCUGUCAUCAGAGCCUUGUGGGAAACCCGAGUCAAGAAGCACAAAGCUCGGCAGAAGAAGGAGGAAGAAAGGCUUGAGAAGAGUGCAUUGGAAAAGAUAAAGGAGGAGUGGAACUUCGUGGCCGAGUGCAGGAGGAAAGGCAUUCCCCAAUCUGCGUACUGCAAGAAUGGCUUCGUAGACACCAAUGUGCAGCUUCUGCAAAAGAUUGAAAAGAACAUUCUCACCAAGCAGAGUUCACUUGUCAAGGACAGAGGCAAACGGAGCAGUGAGUUUGUGCUUGAACUUUCAGGGGAUCACUGGAAGGAGCUCCCAGAUUCAUUGAGGGAGCAGACACACCUGAGAGAAUGGCACAUAAGCAAUACCCUGAUUCAAAUCAUUCCUGCAUAUAUCAAGCUGUUUCAAGCAAUGAGAAUAUUGGAUCUGCCAAAAAACCAAAUCUCUCAUCUUCCAGCUGAAAUUGGUUGUUUGAAGAACCUUAAAGAACUUAAUGUGAGUUUCAACCAUCUGAAGAGCAUUCCGCCAGAACUGGGAGAGUGUGAAAAUCUAGAGAGACUGGACUGUUCUGGGAAUCUAGAAUUAACUGAGCUGCCCUUUGAAUUAAGUAAUUUGAAGCAAGUUACAUUUGUAGAUAUCUCAGCAAACAAGUUCUCAAGCGUCCCCAUCUGUGUCCUGCGGAUGUCUAAUUUGCAGUGGUUGGAUAUAAGCAACAAUAACCUGAGUGACCUGCCACAAGAUAUAGACAGGCUGGAGGAACUGCAGAACUUUCUCUUGUAUAAAAACAAGCUGACCUAUCUUCCUUACUCCAUGCUUAACCUAAAGAAGCUCAGCUUGUUAGUCGUCAGUGGGGACCAUUUGGUGGAGGUGCCAACUGCCCUUUGCGACUCAUCCACGCCUUUGCGAUUUGUAAGCCUUAUGGAUAAUCCUAUUGAUAAUACACAGUGUCAAGAUGAUGAAAUAAUGGAAAGUGAACAGGAUCGCCAACAUUUUGAUAAAGAAUUUAUGAAAGCCUAUAUUGAAGAUCUUAAAGAAAGAGAAUCUGUUCCCAGCUAUACCACCAAAGUAUCUUUUAGCCUUCAACUUUGAUAUCAUCCAUCAGAAGACCACAAAAUCUCACUAUCCUGUGGAGCUUUAAAUCUCUGUGUCAUGGGUCAUGUCACAUAGGAAUAAUGUCCUUUGGCAAGAUUAAGGACAAAGUCUAGCAACCAUUGUCAUAGUUAAGAAAAACUAUUUUCAAAUUUCAAAUAUAUGAAUAUCUCCUUUUGUGGACCGGAGAAUUGAUAAAUUGGUUUAAAUAUUGAUAUUUACAGGUUCUUUUACAUAUACUUACUUCCAAAUAAUACACAUUUAAUAUUUUUUAAAAUGUAUUAUCUUUUAAAAUUAUAGCUUAAAGACCAAA